GGAUACAUUUGUGUUGUUGGCCGUCAGGGAAACUUCAUUCGCAUCGUGGACACUUCAGACACUUUUUGGGUAGCUCGCUCUACACUCAAAAUUCAUUCCUUUAUUUUAUUUUUAUUAUUUAUCAGUUUGUGCAAAAUAACAAGAGGAAUGACGUCGGAAAUUAAUAAAGAGGAGUUGAAAAAGCGGUUGACUCCACUGCAGUGGCACGUGACGCAGGAAAAAGGGACUGAGAGGCCAUUUACUGGGGUUUAUAACAAGUGCUAUGACAAGGGGACGUACACUUGUGUGGUGUGUGACCAGGAAUUGUUCUCUUCUGAUACCAAAUACGAUAGUGGAUGUGGUUGGCCCGCAUUCAAUGAAGUUUUGGAUCAGGGUCGGAUCAAAUUAACCAAAGAUGUCUCACAUGUUGGUGGAAAUCUACUAUUGCUGAUCGCAAACCCAGAUAUGGUGCGGACGGAGGUGACCUGUUCGAGCUGUGGAGCACAUUUGGGGCAUGUUUUCAAUGAUGGACCGAAGCCAACGAGGAAGAGAUUUUGUAUCAAUUCAGCAUCGAUAUUAUUUCACGAGGCUGGAGAACCGAAGAAGUCAAAUACAUGAGCUGUGAAUUUUUUUAUACUGACAAUUAUUAAAUACAAAAUAUAUUAUUGCACUCGCAUAAUUUCGCACACUCAUAAUAUUCAACUGGAACUAUUAAGCUGCAUACAAAUAUUUAAAAUUAGAAUGGAGCAAUUCAGGGGUCUGUCGAAUGUUUGCCAUAAUAUCAGUGAAUAUAAAUUUAUUCAUACGAUAUAAUAAUGUGAUUCUAGUGUAGCAAUGCAUAUUCAGGAAAGUGAACUUUUUUAUAUCAUGCUCAGUUGUGUUGGAACUGAAAGCACCACAUUUUAGUAUAAAGUGACAUCACUUUGUUCCAGUUAUGGAGUAAAUAAUGGAACAAAAUAUAUAAUUUUGUGUUGUUGCUAACUGGAUGGAGAGAAGAGAUCAGUGGUAAUCACCUGAACGUUUAGUAAUUGUGAAAUGACUCAGUAAAAUUUAUUUAUUCGCUCGUAAAAAAGCGAUCUAUUCUUUCCGCACGUCAUAUUUGUGUUUCCUGUUUUUAAUAUCAAUAAGAACGAUUGUAUCGAUCAAUGAAUGAUUUAUUUUACGCAGGAAGUCAACUCAUUUUUAACUGACUCAACUCAACUCAAUUUUAACUGACAAAAUGCCAUACGAUUAUCAAUCGAUUUGAAAGUUCUUACUGAAAUAUUUCUGUCCUUAUAGAUGUAAGUCUUCCACCAGGUGUUGAGUGCAGUGUUGCCUCGACAUUUUCGACUAAAUCUCCCUCUGUCUCUAUCACAGACUAAUCCUCGGCUUCAGCUAUAUUCCCAUUUUUACAGAAAUUUAUUAUUAAAUUUUCCACAGUCCUGACUGAGGAUUGCGAUACCUCUGAUCACCGUCACUAUGUCAGCCUUGAUGGCCAUAAAUUCCUAGCCAUUCUGAUUGUCUAAUCCACGAUUCAACUACCCUUAUUUGCGAUCAGGGUUAGACAAAUAAAAUAGAGUUGCUAUUUUAUCAGGUUUUCUAUAGUACAUUUGUCUCAGUUUUCCAAUUUCUUACUUCUCCCAGUCUUCCUUCUGUGGUUUGUUCUCCCAACAACUUCUCCCAGUCUUUCCGCGUUGUUUACCCUCAUUCAUGACGUCAUUCACCAAAAAAUAUAUGAUGUCAUUAUCCACGACUAGAAAAAACAUCGCCCUUUUGUGGAAAGAGCAAGGGCCAGGUCUAUAUUUACAGACAUGGACUGAUUACCGCACUGGCAGUCGUGUUAAGGGGAGUUCUCCUCAUUAUCCCUCUUUUAUCCCUUGUUUACUUUCACUGGAAAAUUACUUAUAAUUUAUUGUAUACGAUAGAAUACUGAUUUUUAAUCAACAAUCCAUAUUUAUCGAUACUUCAGUAUUCUACAUCGAUAUAUUUUCGAUCAUUUUGACAUGUUUUCAUCGAUGGUGAAUUAAUUUAUCACCACAAAGCUAAUUAGACAAUAUUCUACGGUUUUUCUAAUUUUUUCCUGGUGGCUUCUGUUGAUAGUUAUAAAUUUUUUUGUGAAAAUUCUUGAUAAUGGUGGGGGAAUGUCUUAUUGUCAAUCGCAAAUAUUUCAUGUGUGGAUUAUGCUGAUUUGAUCUAUUAUACGACAGAGGACAGAAUGGGAAUAUAUUUUUGUUGCAGAGGGAUAAAGUAACUGAUAUUUCUAUUUAAAUAUUAUACUUCUAAAAUCAUUUAUAAAAAUGUUCACUUUUCUUAAUAUGCAGGUACCAUCGAGAGAUGAGUUUUGGGACAGGCAAGAGUUAAUGGAUGAGUUAAUAGAUUGCACUUUCAGUAUUAAUUAAUUGAAUCAAAGUCAACUUGGAAGGUAUAAUUGGAUUCGUAGGCUAAUAAAUGAUUAGUUUCAGGUGCCAUCAUUGACUAUACAAAGUUGUCCAUUAACUUACCCUUGUCUCAAACAACAUUUCUUGAUGGUAUAGCUGGAAUUUUACCGCAUAAAAGUGGAGGAAUUGUUGAAUUUAAAAGUUGUGGAAUAUUUCUGUAAUGAAUUAGCUGAGGAUAUUGGUGAAACUUGAAUGAAGAUUUAUUUUAUUUUUACAUUUGCCAUGUAACACUAUGAUGUUAUGUAAAUAAUAGAAAUGGAAUAAAUGAUGAUCGAUGAUGAUGACCGUCGAUCCCGGAUUAUGACAA